GCUCUCCCUGUGCUUCUAGGCGGCCUGAUUGGAGGCGCUUGGGGGGCAUUACCGCAUGCGCAGUGGUCGAGGUCCAGUUGCUCGCCCAUUGCUGUUCUUUAUGCGGGAAACGAAUAAAGUUUUUUCAUUAAAAAAAAAAAGUCAGCAGUCAGCCGGGCCGCUGCGCUGUGCGCGGAGUGGGCGAGGCGGCGGCGGCUCUGAGAGGGGAGCCGCGCUGUGUGCUGCCCCCUCCUCACCGGGGCGCCCUCCGGACCUGCCCUGGACUCCAUGUAAUGUUCAGGCUUAGAAAUGCCUUAUGUGGAUCGUCAGAAUCGCAUUUGUGGUUUCCUAGACAUUGAAGAAAAUGAGAAUAGUGGGAAGUUUCUGCGGAGGUAUUUUAUCCUGGACACAAAGGAAGACAAUCUGGUAUGGUACAUGGAUAAUCCACAGAACCUUCCCUCUGGCUCUCCACCUGUUGGAGCUAUUAAACUUACUUACAUUUCAAAGGUUAGCGAUGCAACUAAGCUAAGGCCAAAGGCAGAAUUCUGUUUUGUUAUGAACGCGGGGAUGAGAAAGUAUUUUCUACAAGCCAAUGAUCAGCAAGACCUAGUAGAAUGGGUAAAUGUUCUGAACAAAGCUAUCAAAAUCACAGUACCAAAGCAGUCUGAUCUGCUGUGUCAACCUGAUAACCCAAAUCGCCAAGUUGAAAAUCCGGGUGGAAAGAAACAAGUGUCUUACAGAACAGAAAUUGUUGGUGGUGUUCCCAUCAUUACACCUACUCAGAGAGAAGAAUUAAAUGAAUGUGGGGAAGGAGGUGACAGAAAUUACUUGAAACGGUCACAAAGCCACCUUCCUUACUUUAGUGCUAAAACUCCCCCAGACAAUGCUGUUAUCAAAGCUGGCUAUUGUGUUAAACAAGGCGCUGUGAUGAAGAACUGGAAGAGAAGAUACUUCCAGUUAGAUGAAAAUACAAUAGGCUAUUUCAAAUCUGAACAGGAAAAGGAACCUCUCCGGAUCAUACCUCUUAAAGAGGUCCAUAAAGUUCAGGAAUGUAAACAAAGUGAUAUAAUGAUGAGAGACAAUCUCUUUGAAAUUGUAACAACUUCUCGAACCUUUUAUGUACAGGCAGACAGCCCAGAGGACAUGCACAGCUGGAUAAAAGCAAUCUCUGGGGCCAUAGUGGCACAACGGGGACCGGGAAGAUCAGCAGCUUCUAUGCGGCAGGCCAGAAGGCUGUCGAAUCCUUGUAUACAGAGGUAUACAUCAAGAACUGGUGAAUGCAGCACGAGCAUUCCAGCUCUUCUUCAGAAUCCAGCUAUGCUUUCUAUUUUGCCAACACCGCAGCCACCUCACAUUCCACAGUCUCUCACAACAACGCUCUGGUCUCAAACCUUAACGCCAAACGCCUUGCCUUGGAGAAGCGAGGAUUUCACGAAUCUUUUACCAAGGCCAAGCCAGGGAACUUCAAGGUCCAGGCUGUCCCUCCAAGAGAACCAGCUUCCAAAGUGACUGUACAGGGCCUAUUGGAACCUCAAAGUAAAAAUGGCACUCAGGAACAGGAUCCUGGCCCAGUGGAUCUGGAUGAUGCAAGCCUUCCAGUCAGUGACGUGUAAUAAUGGAAGUGUUUGGAGAAUGAUCCAUCUGUUUGGUCCUCUAAUUUCCUUGGUCAGACUUGUAGCCAAAGAAGAUUUUAAGAAGAAAGAACAAAGAGAAUGGAACACUGAUUUUACGUAUGUGUGUAUAUACAGAGGUAUGUGUAUACACAGGUACAUGCAUAUAUAAUUAUAUAUAUUUAAAUAAUUAUAUACUGCCUUCAAAUUACGGUCAGAAAUGGCCCUUCUGCUUUUUCUCACAGCCUGAUAAUAAAUCACUUUUAUAAUAGGAAGGGGCCAAACUACAUGAUUCAGAUAUGUACUGCUGCCAGUAAAUAAGGUACCAGCAACUCUUUAUCCUCAAUUUGGCAAACCUACAAUUACAUUCAAUAUUUUAAUGCUAUACUAUAAAAAAUGUAAUGCCUACAAAUGUGAUUGAGUUUCAUUAUAAACCAGAUUUAGACUUUAUGCAUAUGUGAGAAUUAUUUCUCUCCUCUUUUGAAAAUGUUAUGACUUUUUCAGAUACUGGGAUAUGCACAAAAAGUCUUUUGUUCCUAUCAGAUCAACAUUGUCAGUUGAAAUAUUACCAGACUAAGAAUUCUAAGGGAGCUUAGAAUUCUAAGUAUGUGGUGCUGUAAAAUUCACAUUAGAAUAAUUAUGCUAUUUUGAACAUUAAGCCUAUUUUUGAUGCUCUCCUAAAGGUAAAUGGUAAUUUUUUUGCACAUUUGAUUUUAAUGGACCACCUACAAUGGUGUUUUGGAUGGGGGAGGGAAAUCAGACUACUACAUCUUACACCUUUGAAGUAAACCAGUUUUAUAUUGCAUUACAUUAAGCUUUGCUGCAAUUACUUUGUAUUAAAUGUCUAAACAUAUUGUUUAGGAUUACUUUUUUGAAAGAUUCUUUUUCUUAUCAGUUCUUUGUGAACAGUUCUUGUUUCUAUAUUUGGAUCAGUGAAAGACCUCAUUUAUUUAGUUUGAUGUCAAAACUGGUACUGAACUGUUUAUAGUCAUGCAAUUGUGGCCUGUAAUUUUGGAGCACUAAUCUAUUAAAGUGCCUGUUUUUUCUCAUCUUGGUAAACAUUUUGAGAUUGGAUGUGUACAUGGACCUUAUUUACAUGGUUUUGAACCUUGGGGUGAAAUUAUUUUGAGUAACAUACUUCAAAACAACUAUAUAAAAUAGAAAAUCUUAUGCUAGGGAUACCAGCAUGCUGGUAUUGCAUCUACUAGCUGUGCAAUAUGUGAUUUUUAUAAAACUGAAUAUUUGUUACAUGUGUGCAUUGUUAUGGGCUUCAGUGAUGCAAACAAAAGAUCUAAGAACUUUUACAUUUAAAAUAUUUGAUUAGCUUGAGCAUGUACUGGUUUCAUAGUUAAGUUUUAAAAAUGUUUGCUGUAACCAAAAAAAAAACCAACCAACCCACCCCACAAAUUUCAUAUGCUGCUGCUUAUUGUGAUUCACAUUUCCCAGUGUUGCAAUACUGUCCGUCUUCUGGAACUUAACAAUUACAUAUCAGAAAAGUCCAUCUUCUCUCCAGCUUCCAAACUGACUUCUGACCUGAGAAAUAGAGGGUUUUUCCACAGUAACUUGUUGAUACAAGGAUAGAGUAAUUGGUGUAAUGCGAUAAUUAAAUAUUCUCUAGUUUCAAAACCAUUACAUCACCAUCUUCAACUUUUUAAUCCAUAAGCUAACCACUGUUUUUAGGCAAUAGUAUUUGUAAAUUACACUUUUUCAUUUUACUCUUCAACAUCCCAUGAAAGCUAGUUCAGGGUUGGAAAUUAUUGUGGCAGUCUAAACAAGUAGUGUAGUUUUUAACUUGUAUCAAAAUAAGACAACGGUUCUUUGAAAGCUUAUUUUUCACAAGUACACACUGUGUGGGAGACACUUUGAAUUGAAAUAUUUUUACUAUAGUUCUCACAUUUAAAAUCACUUGCUCUGGUACAGCUUUGGCACUGCAUGUUCAUUUUACUAUAUUUUGGUAUUGGCAAUUUUAUGUAUGAGGUGGAGGUAAAGCAGCUCCAUUAUGGGACUUGUUAAAAUUAGAACUACUGUUGUAGUUCAGUAGCAUAGGAAAAUAUAUUUGUGGUUGGUAAUUGUCAGGGUCUCCUAUUUAUCAGUACUUUUAUAAUCUAUAAAAAAUUGUUAAAUUAUUUUAGAACCAGUGCUAUUUCCUGUAAAUAUGUCACAUUUAAAUUUGUUAAUAAA